AUGGAGAAACCCGCGGAGACCCCGACACCGGACCUAGAGGCUAGCCCCUCCGCAGACAUGCGCAAACAAUCAACCCUCACAACACGAUGGACCCAAGAGCUCAAUCCCAGCCAUGCCGACCUCGUCUGUCUGCUCCUCUGUUUCCUCACCGGUCUGUGCGACAGCAGCGCCUACAAUGCGUGGUCCUGUUUCCUGGGCAUGCAAACCGGUAACACCAUCUUCCUCGGCCUCGGCGCCUCCAACCAGCCAACCAGCAAGCCGUGGGGCUGGCUCAAGUCCCUCGUCUCCAUCGUCUCCUUUUUCUCCGGCGCGAUGAUCUUCUCCAUCUCCAUGCGCACGGUCGGCUCCCUCCGCCGCGGCACCCUCUUCGUCUCCUUCCUCGUGCAAACGGCCCUCAUCGUCAUCGCCGUCGCUCUCAUCCAGGCCAAUCUCAUCCCCCACAAGUCAAACGAUACCACCCUGGACGGCGGCCCCUUGUUCCUGGAACUCAUCCCCAUUGGACUCUUGGCUUUCCAGUCCGCCGGUGGUAUGACCUGCAGUCGCGCUUUGGGUUACAAUGAGAUCCCCACCGUCGUACUCACCAGUGUAUACUUUGAUAUUGCCUCCGAUGCGAAGCUGCUCCAGAAGCCGACGGACAAUGUCAAGCGCAAUCGCCGUAUUGGAGGCGUGGUCUUCUUGCUUAUUGGUGCCAUUGUUGGUGGGUGGUUGAGUCGGAGCAGUGGCGGUAUGGAGUCUGCGCUGUGGAUGGCUGCUGGCUUGAAGCUGGUGGCAGCUUUUGGAUGGCUGUUUUGGAAGGCUAAAUAG